GUGGUUUGAAUUGCAAUACAUUCGGGACUUUUUUUUGCUUUUAAUGGUAGUUUCAAAAAGUCUAAUAAUGUGGUCGUCCAUACAACCUACAACCUCGUGGGUCUUUGACCAGGUCCCUCAUUUGUUGCGGGCAUCUGGCAAGGAAAAUAAUGAGACGAUGCUUCAAAGCAUACAUAGAAAUAAAAGCAAAUCACAAAUUCAUAUAUAUGCCGGUGCCUGCCUGGCGAUUGGCUUAAAGUUCGCUGGAACUGCCUUGAAGGAAGCUGUCGCGUGCUUAGAACACUUUCUGGAAUUAAUCCAUAAAUGCUGCCAAACUAGCGAGCAGAAAAUACCUCAAAACGUGGAAUAUACAUGCGCUGUUAUUGUUUUGCAGAGCCUCGCAAUUGUGAUGGCCGGCACUGGAGAUGUUGGAUUGCUUAAACUUUGCAGGAAGAUGCGAAGGGUCAAAGGACUGACGUACGGGAUUUACGCAGCCGUCCACAUGGCUUUGGGCUCCUUGUUUUUAGGGGGAGGUCUUUUUAGUUUUGGUACUACCAACGAGUCCGUUGCUGCUUUGCUUUGUGCUUUCUAUCCUUCCUUUCCUGCUUCAUUUUCCGUAUCAAAAUAUUACUUACCAGCACUUCGUCACAUGUAUGUUAUUGCUGCCAAAAGACGCGCGCUGAUCACUUUUGACCUUGACGGUUCACUUUGUUCAUUGCCCGUUCUGAUUUUUUCCAGUAAAUCUGAAGAAGUUAUGAAGUUAACUACGCCAUGUUUACUUCCUUCGUUUGAUUCCAUUUCGCGAGUAGAGACAAGUUCUUCAUUACAUUAUAAUCUUUCGUUAGACAAAAAAGCUGUAGAAAAGGUCGUUGCUCUAGAGGCCCUUUACCUUAAAAAAAAAAACAUCAUUGAAAAUUUUUCAAAAAGAAUUUUUGCUCCGGAGUUAAUUUCUUCUGUACUUAAGAAAAGCAAAGAAGUGAACUUUUCCAACUCGUUUGAAAAUUUAUUUUAUAGCGAAAAUCAAAUUCUUCAGGAUCUUUUUUUCAAAACACUCCAGCGAAACACAAUAUAUAAUGAACGUUCUGAAUUUCUUGCUAUUUUUCUGAACCUGGAAAAGUGCAUCAACUUAAUGCCGUCCUCUUUUGAUCCGGAACUUUCGCUUCAGAUUAAACUAAUUACUCGCGUGCUCUCCUUAACGAGGUUAUGA